CACCAAGCGAGUCAUUUUAAAACUCACACGUUUCCUUCAUUUCUUCUUCCAUCUUUCGCUUCUCAAUUUCUCUUCUUCUUUCUCCGGCGACCGGUAGCUCCCUUCGCCGCCAAACCCUUCCUCCGAUUCAACCUCUCACCGUCAUGAAUCCUGAAUAUGACUAUUUGUUCAAGCUUUUGUUGAUUGGAGAUUCUGGUGUGGGCAAGUCAUGUCUCCUCCUGAGGUUUGCUGAUGAUUCAUACCUUGACAGCUAUAUCAGUACCAUCGGAGUGGACUUUAAAAUCCGCACUGUUGAGCAGGACGGGAAGACCAUUAAACUUCAAAUUUGGGACACUGCUGGUCAAGAACGUUUCCGGACUAUCACUAGCAGCUACUAUCGUGGGGCUCAUGGCAUAAUUGUUGUUUACGAUGUCACUGACCAAGAGAGCUUUAACAAUGUUAAACAGUGGCUGAAUGAAAUUGACCGCUAUGCAAGUGAAAACGUUAACAAGCUUCUAGUUGGAAACAAGAGCGAUCUCUCGGACAAAAAAGUUGUGUCCUCUGAAACAGCAAAGGCAUUUGCAGAUGAAAUUGGAAUUCCUUUCAUGGAAACUAGUGCUAAAAAUGCCUCCAAUGUGGAACAAGCUUUCAUGGCCAUGGCUGCUGAAAUUAAAAACAGAAUGGCAAGUCAACCAGCCAACAGUGCCAGGCCUGCAACAGUCCAAAUUCGAGGACAGCCAGUGAACCAGAAGGCUGGUUGCUGCUCGUCUUAGAGACCAAGUAUUCAUGGUCUUAGAAGUUCCAUGUGUCUCUGUGGCAUGUAAAACUAGCUUUCACAUAAUGCUUUCAUAUGAAGAUUGUUCGUCAAUUUACUCUUUAUUGUUUGUUCAGAUCGUUGUUAAAACUUCAAUUCUUUUAUGUAUUUGAUUAAAAAAUUAUGUACAAAAGUAGGAAUAUUGUUGAAAAACAGUAUUUGCCUUGUUCGUCACAUUUACGUUACUCAAUAGCUUCCCGUAAUCGCUCACUUAUCUCUUUAGGAGUUGGAUGCUCUUUAAUUGCAUUGUAAGUCUAUGAAAUAAAAUAUAUCGAAAACUGAAUUUUUAUCUUUGAAAA